GCGACGUUCCCUGAGAUCGACUAUGAGGAUGAAGUGGCGGAUGAUGGCUGCCGCCUCGCCAAACCGCAGGUACCUGCCGGCGCACGACGCACCGGGGGUGCUCUGGCCCUCCUGUUGCCAUGCGGAACAGUGUUCGGACUCCUUGGUCAGGUUCGUGCUCGCAGAGCUCUUCGUUUUGUUGUCUACGACACGUCCUGCAUGCUUGCUCGCUUCAUUCGUCGUCGUGCUCGCCGUCCUUCGACGUCCACAACGGCACAGCUCGCGGAGUGCCGCUACGUCCUCGAUCGCUUUCAUCGCGGGAAUCACACGGCUUGCGUGAACCCCGCACAUCGUCUGUACCUCCCGGAAGUCUGCAUUGACCAGUAUGCGGAGCUAGCCAACGUCAACACCUCCAACAACGAGCAGUUCAAUAACUGGCUCUCGAACUUCCAAGGCACGCUGCGCCACAUGCGCUUCGAGACCAUGGAGAUCUAUUUGCUGCUCAUCGGCUUCUUGUGGAACAUGAACGUUGUGCCACAUCGUCCUCAGACUGCCGGGGGCUGCUCUGCCCGAUCCCAGAGUUCCUCGCGCUCGGCGUCGCUGUUGAAGCGCAAGCCUGGAGGGACCGUCCUGGUGUGA